UUUAGUUCACUUCAUCCGCACAUGACCCGACCCCCAUAUCUGCUUUCUCUCACCCAACUCCGGUCACCGGAGUGAAUUCCGGCGUGCACCGGUCGUCGCUCGUUCUCCGGCCACGCACAACCACUCCCUUCCUCCCUCUUCUACACCUCUCUCACUCCCCUCUCUCUUUAGACUGCUAGCCGACCACCACACAAUGGUGGCAGUGCAUGACUAAGACUAACAAUGACGGCAGGGCAAGGAACCACCACAGGUGGUGCGAUGUUGACUCAACGGCGGAGCCGCCACACCGACGGCGAGAAACACUGCAAUCGGUGUCGGUGGUGUGUGGGUUUCAAAUCGAAGUCGAAGGAAACAGUGAAGUUGGUGGUUCUGUUACCUUUCGUUUUUUUUCCGAUGACGAUAAUGAGGACUUAUAAUGAAGAUGGUGAUGUCGAUGAAGAUGAUGAUGACUUACGGUGGUGGAGACAGGCAACGACCGACGACGGUUAUGGUGUCGUUUUUGUUCCGACAAAUCUCCGACAAAACUCCGUUUUAUUUACUUUCCUGUCGAUGUUGGCUGCAUACCUCGAGUGAUUCCGACGACGGUGACGAAGGCAGCUAACAGCAGGCUCGGGUUAUGUUUGGUUCGGUCGACUUUGGUCAAAACUCGGUCCAAGCUAGUCAACAGGAAUCAGGUUUUGGUUUUGGUUUGGGUUAGCAUCAGUUCGGUCAGCAUGUGGGUUUCAGUUUCGGGUCAGGUUUUCACUCAUGUCUCGGUUCAGCUUGGGUCAUGACCGAGUCGACUCAGCUCGUGGUUGGUCAAGUUCAGUCAACACAGCGGUCAACUGGUCAACACGGGUCAAACCCGGUCAACACAGUCAAAAGUCAGCCAACAGAAGACCGGUAACAAAGUUAAACGUAGCGAGUUGUUAAAUCGUUAUUUUUAGAUUAUUAGUUAUACACGACCGAUCUUGAACCGUUUCGAUUAAAAAUCAUUUACAUUUUGGUAUAUUCGACAAGAAUUAUAUACACAUCGUUCGCAUUGAAUUAUUGUUGAAUUUUGAAAAACAUAUCGACACUUAGUUGUCGGGAUCGUCCAAAAACAGAGGAAACUCUGUCCGAUUUUCAUAAAAAUUCGAAACACGAGACAUUUGUAAUUUACAAACGACAUUUAUCGGAAGCAAAGUAUAUUUGCGACAUAAGUAUAAAGUAU